AUGAACAUCCUUAGAAGACCUUUGUUCAAGGCAAAUCUUGGUCUUGUACGAACCUCAUUCAUCCAACAACACCAUCAACCAAUUUUGAUCAGAUUCCAAUCCUCAUUAUCUAAAAAAGAUCAAAAUCCAUCAUCUCCACCAUCACCACCUCCACCAACUCAACAAACCCCAAAUUUACCAGAAUCUUUAAGAAGAUCAAUCCCUGGUGAAACUGAUCAAUCAAAUUCAAUAUGGUCAAGAAUUCCAACAUUACCUUUACGUAAUAAUUCUUCUUUAUUACCUAAACCAGGUGUACCAACAUCAUCUACACAUUCAUUAAGAUCAAUGCUUGAAGUAUUAUAUUCUAAAAGGGAACCUGAAUUGAUUUAUGAAGCUGAAUCUCAUAAAUUAUAUUUCAUUUCAUGUGGUGCACUGGCCCUAGUUGCUAUAUUAUAUGGUUCUAUAAUGUUAGAAUGGACUUCAGAAAUUGCAUAUGAAAUGUAUAAACAAGAUGGAGACCUAUUAUAUUUUAGUGGUAGAAUUGGUGCAAUCACAUUAAUCGCAGGAUUAGCUAUUGGAUUUGUUUAUACAUUGAUGAAAUUACCAACUAGAUUAAUUAGAAGAAUUUGGUAUUUACCUGGUAAGAAAAAAGAUUCUGGUUUUAUAAAAUUUACUUCACAUCCUUUAUUACCAGGUAGAGCAACUCCUGUUCAUACAAUUAAAUUGAAAAAUUUAAAUCGUUCUGCAAAGGGAAGAAUCUUUACCAAGAAUGGUAUUUAUGGUACAUUAGAUAAGAGUACAUUCUUCUUUGUAUUAAAAGAAUCAGAUAAAAGAUUCGGUUAUUGGUUAGUUGAUAGAAAUGGUUGGUUUUGGGGUGAUGGUCGUGUAUUUGAUGUUAUAUUUGGUAAAGAAUCUAUUCAAGAAGCUGAAGAAGCUUUAACUUAUGAUGAAAAAUUUGGUAAAGCUAUGGAAAAAAUUGAAAAUGAUAAAUCAAAAUUGAAGAAAGAAUUAGGUACUGGUUAUCAAUUAAAAGUUGGUGCUGAUAUGAUUAAACAAGCUAUUGGUUCAAAACCUAAUGAGGAAUUGGAUCUUGUUGCAAAAACAUUAGGAUCAAAUUCAAAUCAAUCAAAUGUUCCUGUUCAAAAGGCUAAAAAGAAUAAAAAAUCCAAAAAAAUUAAAACUACAAACAAAAAAUAG